UGUGAUGGCGCAUAAUUAUGAGAAGGUUGUUGCUCUCAUCUCGAAGGAUCCUCAUGAAAGGGAUGAUAGAAAGGUUGAUCUCCUUAUUCCAUGGUUUCAAAACAUGAGUGCACUCUUCAAAGCACAGAAAACAGAUGUAGUAAAAGAUAUUGUGAGAAAUUGUGACUUUUUACCAGUGACCACAGAUACGGUCAUUAUCAAGCAAGGCGGAAAGGGUGAUUGCUUUUACAUCAUCCUGUCAGGCUCUGUGUCAGUGUACAUCAACCAAGCGCUGGAGGACCAGGACAAUGUGGCUAAAUCUCCACCACCCCGAGACAGGACGAGGAAAUCUAGACCCAAUACAAGAUUAAGUACCAGACCAAGUUCUCGAGUAAGAUCACCAGAAAAGACACAUCAGUCACAAGAACAUUCGUCAAAUUCAAAGAUUAGACUGUCAGCCAAAAAUGACCAUUCAUCACUGAGUGCAAAGGAGGCUGGGAGAUUUGAUGAGAAUACCAGAAAAAGUCAAGCCGAACACAAUGAAAAUCUGGCAGACGGGAGCGAUCAAAUUUCUAGUGACGAAAUUGGCGGGAAAGCAGACGCGGGAACGGCGAAUCAAAUUGAAAUCAUCAUUGACGAUGUAAGCCAAGCGGAUAGCGGGUUGUCAUCAGAGAGAAUGCUCUUGGAUGAAAAUGAUAAUGACAUCUAUAAUAAAGGAAAUGAAAGCAAUGGUGAAGUGGAAGAUGAUGAUGAUGAAGAUGACUAUGACGACUUUGAUAGCGACUUUGAUUAUUCUUCUGAUGACGACACCAAUGGUAUUUUAAAACCAAAUACAACCAAAUUAGAAAGAUCGCUCUUUGGAGUGCACAUCCGCGAACUGGAGGCUGGGAAGUGCUUUGGAGAACUGGCCCUUGUCCAGAACAACCCUAUCCGGACUGCAUCUAUCAUAGCUAACCAACAGACAAACCUUAUUGUCAUCAACAGAGAACUCUACAACAGGUGCCUCAAGGCAGCUCAGCAACAUGAGUUCAACCUCAAGAAGAACUUUGUCAAUACCUUCCCGCUUUUCAGGAACUGGACCCCAAGACAGCGUAGUGUAAUGACAAUGAGCUUGACCCGAUACCAAUACCAGUAUGGCAACACUAUGGCUAGGCAAGGCUCUCCUGUAAAAGGACUUCAUUUCAUCCUUCAGGGAAGUGCUAAGGUUUCAACCGACACUGUACAACACAUAACACAGUAUCCAAACUUCUGCACUGAGACAGAUGUCCAGUUUGCAAAAGAUGUAAAAACUGGGAGAGGAACACGGACAACCCAUCCUGGAUCUAGUUCUUGGGAGUCUGGUAGCACUCGGCGAGGAGUCCAACACUGCGUCAGACGCAAGGAGACUUAUGCUGAGGCAGAAAAAGAUAUGAAUUACAAGAACACUGAUAUGUGUGUCAUCGGGGCUGGGGACUACAUAGGUGACUUUGAGGUUUUGUUGAGGCUACCUACCUACAGCUUCUCUGUGAAGUGUCUUCAGGGUGUAGACACCUUUGAGUUGGACCUCAAUAACUUUGAGCGACAGAUCGUCAAGAAGAGUCCAACUACAUACGCAUUACUCAAAGAAACAGCCGAAACCAAGCUGCGAGCAAGGGUCAAGCGACUUGUCAGGGACCAACAGAUCUAUAUGCCAGUCUUGGAGGCCAUGCUGAAUAGGCUGCAGAUGCUAAACAAGCCAAACGGCUGGAAGAGCAAAACCAAAUCAAAACUUGAUGUUGCAUCUACGUCAUCCAUUGGUAGUAUCACAAUUGGUUGUGGAGAUGAAAUCAUUGGGGAAUACCGUGAAAAACAGCGGCAAUUCUUGCGACGCAGACAGCGAGAGAAGCGCCUGGAGGAGAAGCGGAACAUUCAGAUGGCACACGCUGCUAGUCUUGGGCUUCAGUUGCAGAUGCAGAACAUGACCAAUAUGGUUAAUUAUGAUGGUAUUCCUGAUAUUGAGAUGUCUACAAUUGAGCGCAAGGCAUCAGAUAUCUUCCCAGAUGUCCCUUCAAAUGUUAAACUCAGGGUGGAUCCCAUCACUGGACUAAUUCGUGCAACUGAAAUUCGCGUUCCGCGGAACAUGGUUUAUCAGAGCAAGGGGAGCCAAUCAGGUGUCAUGAACACCAACGGGCAAGUUGUGGUUCCACGGUCGAAACGGCAACUCCUCAAUGCGUUGGAAAACAAGGACAAAGCAAAUUUAGAUGUUACAAGAGAUGAAAGCAAGAAUGGAUCGUUGAAGGAUCGACGGAUUAGAAGUCAAACAUUUAGUCCAGGGAUUUACCAGUCUGCACACCUAAAAACAACAUCUUCAUCACUCACCAGUUUAAAUGGACCAUCAAAGUCAUCUGGGAGACCUUUCUCAGGCAAAAGCUCUAACUCACAGCAGGGACUUUCUCAUGUGCAUCGUCCCAAGUCUAGAUCAGCAGGAUCUCAAAGGACACACUCAUCUUCCUUUUGAGAAAGGAGAGGUGGUCCUAUCACAUCCCCUCAUGGUACAAAUUUCCAUCAGUAUUCACUCUUGAUCUUGUAUGUGAAGCCUUGGUAUUGAAUCAAUAUAGACUGAGUAGGUUCUUUGAUGCUUGUGCAGGUGGUCAUCUGCCUAAGUAUUAUAUUCAUUAGUGAAAAAAUAUCUCUCAGCAUGUAUAUAUUCAGCUUGCCAAAAAUAACAAUUAAAACUGAAAUACAUUCUGAAAUACUAAUAAUUAUUAUAAAUAUAGAUAAAAGCAUGCACAAUGAUGAAAGGAAGACAAUAAGACAAUGGCUAUAGAAGUGCAUCUGUCAAAACAAAACCCAAAAUAAAUGAAAACUAUUUUCUUGCCUGUAACAGUCACAAAUCACUUUUCCAAGAUAUCCCAUUAGUUGUUCAUGAUCUACUGAUUGUAUUUACAUAAUACAAUAUUUUGACCAUAAAAAAGGUGUUUUUUCUACAAAUUUACAGUUUUGGAAUGACAGCUUGAUUGGUUUUCUAUAAUGGAUCACAUACCACCAAUCUUCUAAAGGGCAAAAUAGAUCACUUUCACUGCACAUGAUGCGGCAAAUUAGGAGUGCGAGCCUGCUCUAAUAAUAUUGCUCCAAGGCAUCAUUUAAUAACAUCAUUGAUAAAAUAUUUUUCUUAUAAAAUACAUGAAAGUUGUGCACCCUCUUUAUGAAAUACCAUGCACAUGUGACCCUUGGGAAUCCUGACACUUUAACUGAAGUAAUGCCUAAUAAUACAUAUGUUCAGUAUCUUUUUUUUUCUAAGCAGCUCAGGAGAGCAUACUCAGGAAUUUAUAUUGAUCAAAUGCUUCUGAUUUGAGACACUUGAUUAUAUUGAAUUUGUAAAUAUGUAUCUGAACAUGGAAGGGCAUAACAGUCUACACGGACUUUGAAAAUUAUUGUACUGUCUUUUCAGAUCAUGUGAAUAUUGAAAUAUGAUCCUCUCAUAAUAAAAUAUAAUAAUAAUACCAACAUGGGUAUAUCACUGCCAAAUGCGCUCAAUUGGAUACUAUUGUGCGCUCAAUUGGAUACUAUUACCCUGGCUUUUAGCCCUGCGGCCUUUUACAGUGCGGUGGCAUUUCAAGGCAUACAUUCCUGCCAGGUACCCAUUUACCUUACCUGGGUCAAAGGCGGCACAAUGUGGAUAAAUUUCUUGCCGAAGAAAAUCAUGCCAUGGCUGGGAUUCGAACCCAUGACCCUCUGUUUCAAUGUCAGAAGACUAAUCCACUGGGCCACAACGCUCCACAUAUAUGAUUGCUCUUGCCGCAUCAAUAAGUCAAUCAUUAUUACAGUUGAUCGAUCAACAUCAAUCAAUCCAUCCAACCACCUAUUCAGUCAAUCAAUUCAUCAAUCUUCACGUCCCACUCAUUCAUACCAAAGAUACUACAAGGGGAACAUCGGACAGUACAUAGAGCGUGCAAUGAAACGCUCAGGAAGAGCACCCCACAGCUUUGAGUAACAACCUUUUUUUACCUUUGAGUAUCGCGAUAAGGUUGCGUACAAAACAUAGGAGAGAAAUGGUGAGUGGGUGAAGAAAUAGACGAUUUUUUACAUUAAAAAAACAAUUUACUUCAAAUUUUGUUUUCUGUAAUCAAAGAUGAAUAUAUUUCAGAGGUUUCUGAGUAAAAUGUGGAAUUAUUCCCUUGCGCCGCCCUUGUACCCUUUCCAAAUCCCCUCUCUCAUUUUCCCCAUGUUUCAUGUGCGAUGGUUUACUUACUCAACGCUAGUGGGCGCCCUUCCCCAUGAGCACUGAUCGAGUGUUUAAAAAAAAUUGCCGAAGUGUCUGAUCUUCCCCUUGUAGGUCUUUGUUCAUACUAUCAAUUCAUCAAUUCAUCAAUCUGUCCUUCAUAUCCUCUCCUUCCUCACAUUACUGUCCAGUGAUUGACUUCUAGAGAGACAAAUAUAUCAUGUACCAUGUAUAUUGUCUUGAAAUUCAAUUUGAUGAAUAUGGAGUGUAUAUAUUCAAUAUGUAUAUGUAUGUGUAUAAACAAAAGAGGGUAUUUGCAGUAAUCGAAUUGGUAGUCAAUGAGAUGAAAUAUAUUCUUUGGAUGCACCAUGUACAAUGCAAAUUGUAAAUUCAGUAAUGAAAAAAGUUAAUGAGAAAAAUGAAAAAGUACUGCCAUAUCAGUUUUACUAAUUGUUUCUGUUUUUUUCUCCAAGUCAUGAUUUCUUUUAAUUUUCUCUAUAACUUGUCUUCACUGCAGAUUUAAAGCUCAUCUAGAAUAAAAUUUGAAUUGUAAUUUUAUCAUCAUAUAAAGAAAGCCCCCCCCCCCUAAAAAUGUCUUUCAUUAUGAAAAAUGUCAGUGGUAAUAGACACUAACAAAUGUAAAACCCCAAUUUUCUCCCCAAUACAUGUAUAAAAUGUCAGGAUAUAAUUAAAGAUAGAUACAAAGCUGGCAGUUUUCUUUACAAAAUUAUUUUAUUUGUAAUUGUCAUGAAAUAGUUGCUCAUUGUAUAACAAUUAAAAUCCUGUCCAAAAAAAUCAUUUCUAUAAACCCCAUAGCGAUUUGUGAUCAAUCAGUGGACUUCCAAUUCAGAUCAAUCACAGUUUUAGGGUUUUCAAAAGUCUCCAACCCUAAUUUUGCAUACAAAUUGCAAUAAAAGCAUGGACCUUGAUCGCUUUUGAAUAUUGGGUGAUACAUGAAAUGUAAGUUACCAAACAUAAGGUAAUAGCAAAAUAUCUUCAGCAGGGAGUAUGAAAUAUAUUGAAAAUUAGAUCAAUAUCUCAUUGGUAUGUGUUACCAAUAAAUUUGCUUUUAUUUACCAGUAAUGAAAAGGCCUUUGAGCUAUAAAGUUUUUUAUUAUAAAAUGGGAUGUGAAAGCUGAAAAUAAAGAGGGAUGCCCAUGUUUGUCAAUAAUUUGCAUAUGCAAAUAACAAUUAAUGUCCAGAGUCACAAAUACAGCUGAAAUGUA